AGAAAUUGUCCGAUACGCCAGUUUGAAAACCUGCAGUUUGAAAAAUCAGUCAAGGUAGGAGAUAUUUUACGAUGUACAGUAACACGCACCAAGUGGAAUUGCAGGAACAUAGAAUGAAGCAGAUAUUGGGUGUGUGGCACCGCCUUUUUUACUAUUCGUCAUCCUGAUGAAUUUUUUUUUUUUUUUUAUCAUUUUAACAUUUUUUUUUCUCUACAAACAAGUAUAAAAAUGUAAACAACAAUUUCAAUUUCCGUCAGAAAGCGUACAUCUCUGCACAGUUCCUCUCACGUCCAUGUUCACAGACUUGAUGUAUAAACAUGAAAAAAUUAAAUGCCACUGUUAUUUGCGAACGUUGUAACGUGUUUCCUUGUUUGUGCAAUAGUUUCUUUAAUCUACUGGUAGUCAGAAAAAAUGAUAAAUACAACUGACUAAUUUUUGGAGAAAGAAACAGCAGAUUGUCUUGUAUCUUUAAUGUGUCUUUCAGGAUACUAGCAGUCUUUUAAAUAAUACAUAUGUAUGUAUGUGAAUGUUUAUCGUGGUAAAAGUUAUUUUGACGCUACAGAUGUGGUAUUAAAUCAAUAGGUAUAAUUAAUUUCUGAUGUAUAAACAAGUUUAUAAAGUAAAUAGAAUGUUGGUAAAUGUAAGUUACUGACCCUAUUCUUAGAUUUCUCGCAUGGUAGUUUCACAUCCUGUCUUUGUUCAAUGUAAUCUCUUUCAGUGGUGCUUACUUCUAGGAGAACAUUUUGUUUAAUAAAUACACCAACCAGCACUCGCAUAAAAUGAAUUUUUCUGUGUCUUUUAAUUGUAAACAUUUUGUUGCGUUUGAUUUCAGAAAAAUAAAUCAACAUGUCCAAAAAGCCAGGUACAACUCAAGCGAUGCAUAAAGUUAUAAUGGUUGGAAGCGGAGGUGUAGGCAAAUCUGCUCUAACAUUGCAAUUUAUGUACGACGAGUUUGUUGAAGAUUACGAACCUACAAAAGCAGAUUCAUACAGGAAGAAAGUUGUAUUGGAUGCAGAGGAAGUUCAAAUAGAUAUAUUAGACACUGCAGGACAAGAGGAUUAUGCGGCAAUUCGGGAUAAUUAUUUUCGGAGUGGGGAGGGAUUUCUUUGUGUAUUUUCUAUAACUGAAGAUGAUAGUUUUCAAGCCACUCAAGAAUUUAGAGAACAGAUCCUCAGGGUAAAAAACGAUGAAAACAUUCCAUUUUUAUUAGUGGGAAAUAAAUGUGAUUUACAAGAAAAAAGGAAAGUUAGUUUAGCUGAAGCUCAAGCCAGAUCACAACAAUGGGGUGUACCAUAUGUAGAAACAAGUGCAAAAACAAAAGAAAACGUUGAUAAGGUAUUUUUCGACUUGAUGCGUGAAAUAAGAUCACGCAAGAUUGAAGAUAAGUCAGCAAGCAACGGUCGUGGAAAGGACCGUGCCAAGAGGAAGAAAAAGAAGUGCAAAAUUCUAUAGUAUUCUUUUCACUUUUUUUCUGAAAUUUAAAUAAGUAUGUAUAUGUGCAAUAUCAGCAGGUAACACUUAUACCAGAAGUAUCAACCUUCUGCAAGAGUGUCUCUCACAGGUGUUCUUUGAUUUGAUGCGUGCAAUAGCUGCACGUAAAGCGCAGGAAAAUCAAGGGGACGGAAGUGAACAGAAAAAAAGAAGUUGCUGUAUUUUGCUCUAACAAACAUAAAACAACUCGUAUAGCUCCUAUAAUGGACUGUUCAACUCCUAAUUGCAAAACCUGAGUAAGAGAAGUGUAUUUAUAUACAUACAUAUGUACAUCCAUAUAUACAUAAAAAUGCGUGACAUACAGAUACAUAUGCAAAAAAGUUUUCUGACACUUUACAGUGAAUUGAUACUAAAAAUAAAUAUGGGACAGCUGCAUUGAAAAUGCGUAAUUUAAAUGUAAUUCAAUAAUUACAAUAUUAAUAGAUGUAAACUUUGUACUUUUUCCCAUCAAACUACCAAAUUUAUAAUGCACUGGUAUAUAAUUAUAAUUUGUACAUUGUAACCAACUAAUUUAUGUUGCAAUAUUUAUUCUAAUUCAGAAAAAACAAAUUUUCAACAGUGCACAAAAUUAUAUUAUACAUACAUAUAUAUAUGUGUAUAUAUAUAU